AUGCAUCCUACUGUUCAAGUCUAUCCUUUAGCUGGAAAGAAGCAUUGGGCACUUGGGCCUUUCAACCCUCUAACCAUUGAGAAGAAAAGUUCAAGAAGACACUUUGUCAUGGAGUGGCUUGAUAGACAAGAGCCAAAAUCUGUUAUAUAUGUAUCUUUUGGGUCAACAACAACCUUUACAGAGGAGCAAAUUGAACAGAUAGAUGGAUUGGAGCAAAGCAAACACAAAUUCAUCUGGGUGCUGAGAGAUGCUGAUAAAGGAGACAUCUUUGAUGGAGAAAGUAAAAGACAUGGGCUUCCAAAUGGGUUUGAAAAGAGAGUUGAAGGCAUGGGGCUAGUUGUGAGAGACUGGGCACCCCAAUUGGAAAUUCUAAGUCAUCCUUCAACAGGAGGGUUUAUGAGUCAUUGUGGAUGGAACUCCUGCUUAGAGAGCAUGUCCAUGGUGCCAAUAGCAGCAUGGCCUAUGCACUCUGACCAGCCAAGAAACAGUGUUUUGAUAGCUGAAGUGGUAAAGGUUGGUUUGUUAUUAAAAGAUUGGGCUCAAAGAGAUGAGUUGGUGACCACUUCAGUUAUUGAGAAUGCAGUGAGAAGGUUGAUGGAAACAAAGGAAGGAGAUGAGAUGCGAGAGAGAGCAAUGAACCUUAAAAAAUCCAUUCAUAAGUCCAUGGAUGAAGGUGGAGUCUCUCGUACAGAAAUGGAAUCUUUCAUUGCUCAUAUAACUAGAUAGAAUGAUUUAAUCACAAAUUAUUCUAGUAUAAACUGUUAGAAAUAAAAUUAAUUAGUGGUAAUUAGAAAAUAAAAAGCUGCAUGUUACAAAAGAUAAUAGGUUAUGGGUUACUAGCAUUAUGGAGCAUUAGUAUUGUUUAAGAGCUGUUAUGUUUUGUUAUGUAAUCACUAGAAUUUAUCAUUAGUAUUAUAUCUAUUUAGUUUUUUUAAUUGAUUA